GUUCGCACAAAGGGUCAACGUAGCCGCACAGCUCACCCUUGAUUGCGCUCCCUUUGUCUCUCGGAGCGACUAUGGGUUCUUAGUUGCGGUAUUCGGCACUAGCAGUCGAUCGCCAAAAGUCAACUUUCCAACCCUAGCCUCGCAUUAGUUUCAGCCGUGCUAGCGUUUCACACAAGAGACAAGAGACUCCGCCCCACGACUCAAACCUGAAGCCAGCAACUUGCGCACACAACUUCCCGUGAGAAUUAGCGCUGCGCGCCAAUGAGAUCACCACGCCUCCCCGUGGUGCUACUGGUCCUGGUGGCAUACCACCUCACGCACGGAGCCGCCGCGGCGCCAAAUGUACCGGCCGACGCCAAUCCUGCCGGCGGCGCCUCGAGCCCAGCCGUCAACGUGUCGGCGCCGUUCGAGGGCUGGGGCGGCAUGUCGCUGAUGGAGCUCGAGGCCGCUGCGAUCGCCGCCGCGAGAGGCGGCGCGAGAUCCGCUGCGGAGGCCGAGUCCACAUCAACGAGGAACGCCUCGGAAGCCGGCGCGGAGCCCGGUUCUGAGGGAGGAGCCGAUGGGGGCGGCUUGCGGCGGAGUCUUGGUGGCGACUCCGCCCUAAAUCCGCUUGCGUCAGCCUGGCACAACCUUCUAAUUGCGCAAUACCUAAGUCGGACCACGUCGUGCAGCGAUACGCUCACGCAGGCGUGCCGCGCGCUGCAGAUGGCGGACAGCCUCGUCAAGUCGGGGAAGCUCGGGGAAGCCGUGGCGCAGACCAAGCAGGCGGCGACUCUCGCACGUGGAUGCGAGGGGCGAGUUCCGGCGAACGCGGCGCAGCAGAUUCGCCUCGCCAUUCCACAAUUAAUCGCUGGGCAGAAUGCUCUUUUCGCACGCGGACCGAAACCCGUUACCGCCUCGAGCACGGGCAGGCGAAAAAAGGGGGGACACAAGUGGAAGGAUACUCCCGUAACGGCGGGUAGAAAGAAGGGCGGGCACAAAUGGAAGGCCGCGCCGACGAGAAAUCGCGUGAAAGGGGGGCACAAGUACAAGCGGGGAGGCCGCCCGCGACGAGGUUCGCGACGUGGUUCGCGAAAGAGUGGGAAGUCGUCGUCGAAGCCGCCAGCGAAGUCGCCGGCGAAGAACUCCGGCGAUAUCGGCUGGUUGGGGCACAACGACGUGGCGCAAAACAUCAUGCAGUGGCUACCGUAUGGUAACCCGAUCGACGAUUGCUGGAUGGGGCCCAACUGGCAGGCGACUCCGACGAAAUUGGCGAGCUGCGUUGAGGGUUACGCGACGGGGACGACUGGCGGCGCGAAGGGGCGAAUUUACCACGUCACCUCGAAUCAGGACGACAGGAUCAACCCCAAGCCGGGCACGCUAAGAUACGGCGCGACCCGGGCCGAGCCGCUGUGGAUUGUGUUUGACGACGAUUUUGACUUCAGCGGAUUGGAUGCGGAAAUUAUUAUUUACAGCGACAAGACGAUCGACGCGCGCGGGAAGAAGGUCACGAUGGGCGAGGGGCCGUGCAUGGCGAUCGAAUUCGCGCACAACGUGAUCGUGCACGGCAUGGCGUUCAAGAACUGCAAGAAUAGACUCGGCGUCAUUCGGCUGGCCACAGGCCCGGACAAUACCGUUGGGGGCCGGGACUAUCUUAACGGGUAUGGGGUGUACAUCUACGCGUCGCACCACGUCUGGGUGGACCACUGCUCGUUUGACUAUGCUGACGACACCCACAUCGAUAUUGUUGCCGCCAGCACCGCAAUCACUGUCUCCAAUUGCUACUUCACGAAUCAGGAUAAGGUCAUCUUGAUGGGGCAUGAUGACACGUACAGUGCUGACCGUAACAUGCGUGUCACUGUCAUGCUCAACAAGUUCGGCCCGAACCUGUCAGAGCGCCUGCCUCGGGGCAGGUUCGGGCAGUUUCACGUGCUGAACAACUACUACCCGAACGGGUGGAACAUCUACGCCAUUGGGGGCAGUGCGGACCCUACUUUCCUAAGCGAGGGGAAUUACUUUGUGGCCAAUAACAGGCCAUUCAACAAGGAGGUGACCAAGCACAACAUAGCAGCAGGGCAGGCGACCUACCUGCACUGGGACUGGCAGUCAGUGGGGGACCACUUUGAGAAUGGGGCUUUCUUCACUGAGAGUGGGUCCCCAGGCUAUCGACCUUCGUAUUCAUACAAGGCGCUCAGUGCUCUAGAGGUGCCCCGUGCAACCAAUCGUGCUGGGCCUAUUGGGCAAUAGGGCCUUCGGUUUUGGUGUUGCUAACUCAAACUAGUAGGUGGAGAGAGAGAGUUGCUAGGAGACGUGCGCCACAACUUCUGCAGAUUAGUGUGGAAAUUAGAUAGAAUCCUGACUCUUGCUAUGCUUGAGAGUAGGUGUAGGGACGUUGGUGAGAGUCUGAUUAUGGUGAGGACAUUAUGUUAGCAGUGUGCUAGGGCUUCUAUUGAUGCCUAAUAAUGAAGGUGACAAUUUGCUAAGGUAAGGUUGCUAGCUAGUAC